AAGAAUUAGAUUGUUGUAGAGUGAGAGAAAGUACAGUGACUGAGAAACUGAGAACUGAGAAGACCAACAGAGACUGAAGAAGAAGAAAAAACACACACAAAACCCAAAAUCACACACACACUUCACCAAUUAGGGUUUCGCCAUGAGGAAAUCCCCUCACCCCAGCGCCGCCCGGCGCUCCUCCGAUUUCAACCGUCAACCACCGCACGUCAGGUGGUCUCCCCGCCCUGUCGUCCACCAGUCGAACCACCACCGGAAACCGGAAUUCCAGUCCAACUCCCACCACCGACUUGACCGUCCUCCGGAGCGUAAUCCCCCUCUCCGCGCGCCCAAUUUCGUCAUCAAUCUCUGCUUCCUACGCCUCCGCCACGGCUUCGACUCCCUCCGCCGUGACGAUGUGGAGUCUCUCAUCAGCCGCUGCAUCCCCCGGCCGGAGAAUUUCACCUUCUACCCCUGCGAUCGUGUUGCCGCCUCCCUCAAUUUCCAGCAGUGGACGGACGCGCGCGACGCCUUCGUGUGUCUCUGGGAAUCGCGCCUAUCUGGCAACCAUGAUUUCACGCCGGAGCUCUCCUCGAAGGUGCUCUUACCCUCCGACAGGGUCGAGCUGGAUGGUCGCCUCCGAUCCCUCUUCGCGAGCCACGUGAAGGGGUUGAUGGAGGGCAAGGAGGUGAAGCGAUGGGUGGAGGAGCGAGAGAAGCUGUCCAAAGAGAUUGCCCAUGUUUCCAAAUCGCUGCGGAACCCGUUGCCGAUUGGCGUAUUCCCACAGCAGCUAGAGAAGAAGAAAGGGCUCGAGGUUGAGAAGGAUUUGGUUGAAAGAAGAAUUAAGGAGUUCGAGUCCGCAAUGCGGUGCAUAUUGCAGUAUCUGGAGAACAAUGACAUGGAGGAAGGUGAAGGUUUUGUCCCUAUAUUCAGGUUUGAUGGAAGUUUGGACUGGAAGCACAUUCAGAGCCUCAUCAUCAGGGAACGCCGCAGGCUCGAAGAAGGGUUGCCCAUUUAUGCAUACCGGAGGGAUAUUCUUCGUCAAAUACAUUAUCAACAGAUAAUGGUAUUGAUUGGAGAGACCGGUUCGGGCAAGAGUACACAGUUGGUGCAGUUUCUUGCUGAUUCAGGCAUUGUUGGUGCUGAGUGCAUUGUGUGCACCCAGCCUCGAAAGAUUGCUGCCAAAUCAUUGACCCAAAGGGUCCAGGAAGAAAGCAGCGGGUGUUAUGGUGACAACGCAAUCAAGUGUUAUUCCAUGUUUUCAUCCUCGCACAAGUUUGAUUCCAGGAUAACAUUCAUGACAGAUCACUGUUUAUUGCAGCACUGCAUGAGUGAUAAGAAUUUGUUUGGGGUCUCGUGUAUCGUAAUUGAUGAGGCUCAUGAAAGGAGCUUAAAUACUGAUCUACUGUUGGCGCUGAUAAAGGAUUUACUUGGUAGGAGGGUUAAAUUGCGGGUUAUCAUUAUGUCUGCUACAGCUGAUGCGAAGCAGCUAUCUGAUUACUUUUAUUGUUGUGGAAUUUUUGGUGUGCGUGGGAGAAAAUUUCCUGUGGAGGUGAGAUAUGCUCCUUCUGACACAGGGUAUUCUUCUUCUGCUGUUGUCGCCUCAUAUGUUUACGAUGUCGUCAGAAUGGCAACUGAGAUUCACAAAAGAGAGAAAGAGGGAACUAUUCUUGCCUUUUUGACCUCACAGGCAGAAGUGGAAUGGGCCUGUGAAAACUUUGCAGCUCUCGCUGCUGUUGCUUUGCCCUUACAUGGGAAACUUUCAUCUGAGGAGCAAUUUCAUGUUUUCCAGAGCUUCCCUGGGAAAAGAAAAGUGAUAUUUUCAACAAAUCUUGCAGAGACGUCCCUUACAAUUCCUGGUGUUAAGUAUGUGAUAGAUUCUGGGUUGGUAAAAGACAGUCGAUUCGAUCCUAGCAGUGGCAUGAAUGUACUUAAGGUUAGCUGGAUCAGUAAGAGCUCUGCUGAUCAGCGGGCUGGUCGGGCUGGGAGGACUGAGCCUGGUAAGUGUUAUAGGCUGUAUUCAGAAGCUGACUAUCAGUCUAUGGAACUAAAUCAAGAACCGGAGAUUCGAAGAGUUCAUCUCGGUGUAGCAGUUUUGAGAAUCCUUGCUUUAGGAGUUAAAAAUGUGCAGGAUUUUGAUUUUGUGGAUGCUCCAAGUCCUAGCUCUAUUGAGAUGGCAAUCAGGAAUCUAAUUCAAUUAGAUGUGAUUAAACUGAACAAUAAUGUUCAUGAAUUAACUCGUGAAGGUAGAGACUUGGUAAAAUUGGGGAUCGAACCAAGACUUGGUAAACUUAUUCUUGGCUGUCGGAAACAUAAUUUGUUUAGAGAAGGCAUUGCCCUUGCUUCUUUGAUGACCAAUGCCAGUAGCAUAUUUUGCAGAGUUGGUAAUGAAGGUGAUAAACAGAGAUCUGAUUGCCACAAAGUGCAAUUUUGCCAUCGUGAUGGUGACCUCUUUACUCUUCUGUCUGUGUACAUGGAAUGGGAAGCUUUGCCUACAGAGAGGAAGAAUAAAUGGUGUUGGGAAAACAGCAUCAAUGCCAAAUCUAUGAGGAGAUGCCAUGACACAUAUUUGGAGUUAGAAUCUUGUCUUGAGCGUGAACUUAGGUUUUUGACUCCAUCUAACUGGCGAUGGGACCCUUAUAAACCCUCCUUUCAUGAUACGAAUAUGAAAAAGGUUAUACUGUCCUCACUUGCUGAGAAUGUGGCCACGUACUCUGGUUGCAAUCAACUUGGUUAUGAAGUAGCACAAACUGGGAGAUGUGUUCAACUACAUCCGUCUUGUUCCUUGCUUGUAUUUGCUGAGAGACCUGGUUGGGUGGUUUUUGGUGAGCUUCUUUCAGUUUCUAAUGAAUAUUUGGUCUGUGUAAGUGCUUUUGACUUUCAAUCGUUGCAUGGCCUUCACCCUCCUCCCUUGUUUGAUGUAUCCAAGAUGGAAGAACGGAAGUUGCAAAUGAAGACAUUGACUGGUUUUGGCACUAUUCUUCUCAGGAGAUUUUGUGGGAAAGCCAACAGUAAUUUGCUUGGUCUUGUUUCACGGAUUAGGAAAGCUUGUAUGGAUGAACGUAUCUUCAUUCAAGUGAAUGUUGACCAGCAUGAUGUUCAGUUAUAUGCCACUUCACAUAAUAUGAAUACAGCCCUUAGGUGGGUUGAUGAUGUUUUAGAAUGCGAGAAAAAAUGGCUACGUGCUGAAUGUAUGGAAAAAUGUUUGUAUCAUGGGUCUGGUUUCUCACCACCUGUAGCUUUAUUCGGGUCUGGUGCUGAGAUAAAGCAUUUGGAACUUGAGAAACGUUCCUUGAGUGUUGACGUGUAUCACCCAAACAUAAGUGCAAUUGACGACAAAGAGCUCUUGAUGUUUUUUGAGAAGAAUACUUCAUGUUGUAUCUGUUCUGUGCACAAGUUCACAGGCAUGGCAAAGGAUGUUGGGGAUGGAGAAAAGUGGGGCAGGAUAACAUUUCUUUCCCCUGAUGCUGCCAAAAGAGCUGCUGAGUUGGAUGGAGAGGAGUUCUCUGGCUCGUCCUUGAAAAUUGUUCCUUCACAAUCUGCUACGGGAGGGAGUAAACCAUUUUCAUUUCCUGCUGUAAAAGCAAAAAUUUACUGGCCUCGUAGGCUUAGCAAAGGAGUUGCCAUAGUUAAAUGUGAUAUACAGGAUGUCAGAUUCAUCCUUUCUGAGUUUUAUAACCUUGCUAUUGGAGGAAGGUAUGUUCGAUGUCAAAUCAGCAACAAGUGUGCGGACAGUGUUGUGAUAAGUGGGUUUGCCAAAGAGCUUUCGGAAGGUGAAGUUUUUGAUGUAAUAAGAACUGCUACAAGUAGAAGGAUUUUGGAUUUUUUCUUGGUGAGAGGAGAGGCAGUUGGAAAUCCACCAUGCAGUGCUUGUGAAGAGGCACUUCUUAAAGAAAUUUCCCCCUUAAUGCCCAAAAGGAACCCCCACAUUGGCUCUUGUCGAGUUCAGGUGUUUCCACCUGAGCAAAAGGAUGCUUUCAUGAGAGCUUUAAUCACUUUCGAUGGAAGAUUACAUUUAGAGGCAGCAAAAGCUUUGGAGACAAUUGAAGGAAAGAUGUUGCCCGGAUUUCUUUCAUGGCAGAAGAUAAAUUGCCAGCAGUUGUUCAAUAGCUCCUUGACAUUUCCUCAUCCAGUGUAUCGUGUGAUUAAGGAACAACUGGAAAAAGUACUUGCAAGCUUCAACAAUUUAAAGGGUCUUGAGUGGAACCUAGACAAGAUUGCUAAUGGUUCCCACCGAGUGAGGAUAACAGCUAAUGCCACAAAGACAGUGGCAGAAGUUAGGAGACCUCUGGAAGAACUUUCCAGAGGGAAAACAAUAGAGCACAACAGCCUCACCCCUGCAGUUCUAGAGCUCAUGUGUUCCAGAGACGGCUGUAGUAUUAGAAGCUCAAUACAGCAAGAGACAGGAACUUACAUUCUUUUUGACAGGCACAACCAGAAUUUACGGAUUUUUGGUUCUCCGGACAAGAUUGAUCUGGCUCAGCAGAAGCUGAUUCAAUCCCUACUCUCUCUCCACGAAGGAAGGCAGUUGGUAAUCCAUCUGAGAGGGAAGGAUCUACCUCCGGACUUAAUGAAGCAAGUGGUUAAGAAUUUUGGGCCAGAUCUCCAUGGACUAAAGCAGAAGGUACCUGGGGUAGAUCUUAACCUCAACACUCGCAGCCAACAAAUAUUUCUUCAUGGUAACAAGGAGUUGAAACCAAGAGUAGAGGAAACAAUUCUUGAGAUUGCACGUUCAAGUAAUGAUUUGGUCAAGAGACAUGACACCGGACCUAGCUGCCCAAUUUGCUUAUGUGAAGUUGAGGAUGGAUACCAACUUGAAGGCUGUGGUCAUUUGUUCUGCCGUUUGUGUCUCGUGGAGCAAUGUGAAUCAGCUAUAAAAAACCAAGGAAUUUUCCCAAUAUGCUGUUCUCAGGAGGGCUGUGGAGAUCCUAUUCUGCUUACAGAUUUGAGAUCUUUCUUAUUAAAUGAUAAACUGGAGGAACUUUUCAGGGCUUCUUUGGGUGCUUUUGUGGUUGCGAGUGGGGGAACUUACCGGUUCUGCCCCUCUCCUGACUGCCCCUCAAUUUAUCGAGUUGCGGAUCCGGACACCGGUGGUGAGCCCUUUGUUUGUGGGGCGUGUUAUUCAGAGACUUGUACCAGGUGCCACUUAGAGUAUCAUCCAUACCUUUCAUGCGAGAGAUACAAAGAAUUCAAGCAAGAUCCAGACUUAUCUCUGAAGGAGUGGUGCAAAGGGAAAGAACAAGUUAAGAGCUGUUCGGCCUGCGGGUAUGUAAUUGAGAAGGUAGAUGGGUGCAAUCACGUCGAGUGCAAGUGUGGAAAGCAUGUCUGCUGGGUUUGCUUGGAGAUCUUCAUGAGCAGUGAUGAAUGUUAUAACCAUUUAAGAACUAUACACUUGGCCAUCAUCUAGAUUGCCAUUUGUGUACUAAUUUACUUAGAAAUUUUAAGUAUAGUAUAGUGUGCAUAUUAUGUACAUAGGCCUCAGAAGAUGUGCAGUUUAUUAAUAAUUUAUUGUACAUAUAGUAGCUCUCGUGCAUUAUCCUGUUGUGUACGAGGUUAAUCCUAUAUAAGUCGUUCAUAUUUGGUUGUCUUUUCUGGGCAAUCUUAAUAUAUCUGUAAAUUGUGUUGUUCA